AUGUUCUCUGAUCACAAUAAAAUUGCCCAAUCUGUAGAGAUGGAAAAAGAUCAAACCUUUGAUGCCAGUGAACUAGGCAGAACUAUUAGUCGAAUCAAUGCUCUACCAAUUAAUAUUCAAACUUCGGAAAGAAGUGGAAAGCAUGUUUCAGGAUCGUUGUCACAGCAAUCACACAAAACUGGUUUCAGCAAUUUAAGUAGAAUAAAAUUAACGGAUGCACAAUACAAUAUAAGGUCAGAUAGCAGAGCCAUUUUACACUCUAGCCAAUUAUUAAGAAAAAAAUUGCGCAAUGUAAAAGAACAUAUGAAGCCCCUGCCAUUUCCGGAUAGACAGCUGUACAUUUAUGUGAUAGCUGAUCCAACUGAUAUGCGAAUUGAACUGACAAAAUUACGCGCACAUGUUUGGCCUUAUUUACAACGUAUUUGUAAUGAACGUGGAUUUGCGCUUCACAUUAUUGAUGAUAAUAUGGAUACAGAUAUUGAACCACGUAAUCAGUUAACGAUGACUUCAUAUGGUUUGCCUGAAGACACUGAAUUAAAGCUACACUUGUCUAGACGAAUGAAACAAAAGAAUUUUUAA